UCCGCCCCGCAGAGCACGGAGGGAGUUUGUUUGUAAACACGAUGGCCGGGCUGAGCGGCCUCGUCGCCGACUACGGCUCCUCUUCGGACGGGGAACAAGAUGACGAUAACCUUGCCGAGGAACUACGGAAUAGGGUGGAGGAAAAGAAGAGCACCAACUUCUUUGAGUCUCCGCCAGAUGAAACCAACAAUGCCAAAAAGUCUAAGAAAAAACCUGACUUAGAGGAAGCUCCUUUGGCCAAGCCAGAGAUCCUGGAGAAUCCCCUCCGAGGCAAUGCCAUUGCGUCUCCAUUUGCGGAAAACACCUCAGCCUCUGUCUUCUUCAACCCUUUCCACAAAGCACAGGAGGACAAGAAGCUCGUCCUGGAGAAACACGUGAAGAUGACAGAUAACCCUAAGGACGUGAUGGAGAUCAACGGCAAGAAGAUCUGCUGGAACUACCGGAAGGGCCGCUGUAAGUUUGGCCACAAAUGCAAGUUUGCACAUGACUCUGACAUCAGCCAACCUCUGGACCCCAAAGAAGCUCAGACCUCUAGUACAAAUCCUUCAUCUCUCUCCCAAACCACCCCUGGAACGCAGGUCCUGGUGGAUGAACCUGCAUCUGACGACACAUUGUCGAAGAAGAAGAAACGCCCCGGUCUGUCGGAUGGGCUCGUUCCCGGGAAAAAAGUUCAAAAAUUGUAUCGCUCACAACAAGCUAAAGAAUCACCAUGGCUGCUUAAGAGAUAGGGAGAUCUAAUGCAUUUUCAAUUGCCUUCUUCAUUUUUGUAUUGUUGAAUUUUUAUUGAAUAGUUGCAUAGUGCAUUGGCAGUAAGUUUCAUAAUGAAUUGAAUAGAGAAAUGCAAAUAAAAGUAUUUUUAUAACAUUUUGGUAAAUAGUGAUUUUGAUUAUGAAUAGUUCAGGCAAUAGAAAUGCUGUAUUAGAAUAACUCAUAUGUAUGUAAUUGUUAGACUGUAUCCAAAUUACUGAAAUUUAACUAAAGUUCCAAAUAUAUGCAUAUGAAACUAUUAAAUUCCAAAGCACUCAUAUGUUGUACAUUACUUAUUUCAAGUACUUUGAAAGCACUUCCUUAUUUUUGAUAUUUGUUAAUAAAUAUCAGAUAUGUUGCUCAUAAAAAGUACAUGCUGGGCAUCUAAGAAAGAAUAGAUAGAUAAACUGUUAGUAAAUGCAAGAUAUGUGUAAAUUAUUAAGUCAUUGUUUGUUAGUUACGGUUAUGCUAAGAAACAUCUAAUUAUUUGGCUUCAUGAUAAGAGCCAGAGGCAAUAGAAGCAGCAAUAAAAUUAUGUCUUCUUUUGCUUGUUUGAAAAAUUUGGACUUGCUCAGAGGCCAUAAUUUUCUCAGUGUACCUAAAAUAUUCACCAAUGUGAUAAAGUCAUUGUCUGUUAGUUGUACUGAAGCAGAGAAACUCAUCUAUGUAAUAAUGCAUGAAUCUUGUAUGAGGGCGUUUAUGUCCGAGGUAGUUCUCAAACCAAUUGCCUGAAAAUUUUUAUUAAAUGUUUUGUCAGUUUAAAUUUUCAUCUAUUGCAUAAGGAUCACCUUGUUCAUUUAAUCAUGAUUGUAGUAUGUUAAUGUGAACAUAUUGAUGAUGAUCUUAGAGACAAAAGUUUAUACAAAAAAACAUACAAUAAACUCAUUUUCGGGCAGUUGAUCCGAAAACACCUCUGGGUGUACAUACCUUUAUAUUUGCAAUAUAUAAUUUCCUGCAGCCAAUUUUAAAGUGAUAAUUAUUAUCUUAAUUCUCCAGAAUUUUAUACAGUUCACAAUGUGUAUGGAAGUAUUUUUUAUUUUUUGUCUAUACAAGUAAUAACAUGGUAAUGCUCUCCUUUACUCUUGUCAUUAAAAACACAUUCAAUGUAAUCUUGAAGCUGGUAUGUCCUUCUUCAGGCUUCUGCUUAGGAUUGAGACAAAUAAUCCCUGAAGAACAUAGAUGAAUGGUAAAAUAAAAGACUAAUAAUAUCUUAAGCAAUCACCAGUCCGUGGGCCUGAGCAGAAGUAUAUGCUCAAAGAUUACAAAUAUGCAAUAGGUUCUGCAUGUGUCAUAGUUGGAUGUAUUAUUUUAAAUAUUCCGAAGCAUAUUCUAAAUUAUAAAUAUAGUUUGUGUUUGUAUAAAAAGCCUUUGAGAUAUACACAUGAACAUAGAUUGCACGUGGUUAUAAGGUUACUUCGAGUGAAUGGUAAUUUUGUCCACAAAUUUUUCUGAUCACAUAUAAAAGAUAAAAAAGAUAUAGUGCCAUAAAUUGAUGAAUAAUGUAUAGUUGGAAGUGAGUAUUUUUAGGUAAAACUUUUUACUUUUUUUUAUGGCAUUGGUCCUGCACAGAUCAUUUUCAUUGAUCAUUCAUUGUAUCAUCUGCCACCUAAGUCAUAUUAAUCUGGAUCAGUUUUCAGACUGUGCAUAUAAUUAUCCACUUUUGUAUCUAGCCAUCACUCUGUGUUUCAGUCCAAUAACACAGCCAGCAGUCACAGAAUACUAAGAAAGUGAAUGGUAUGAUUGUUGAAUAUAUUGCUUUCUUGUCUGUGAUAGCGAAACUGACCUAGGAAACUGAUAGAAGAAAUAAUACACGUUCUGCCAAAUAUAACAGGUGUUUAUGGGCCUCAUGUAAGCUCUUUUUCUCAUAUUAUAACAAAACUGUACAUUUAGUUUUUUUCCUGUUUGUCAUGGUAUGUUUUUUCUUUAUUUCUUGCAUUUUUUGUCAUCCAGCAGACCCUAUUCUUUUUCCUUGAAAUGCCAGAUUUCCAAACAUACUCUGAUUUUGCAUUUUACAGAAUUUUCUAUACAUGAACAAUUGUCAUACUAAAAUUUAAAGCUUCUUGAAAGAUGUGAGCCAGAAGACAAAUUUAGAAAAACUUGAAAAAGAGAAGAAGAAACAGAAGAAAUAUGCAAUUAAUUUUCUCUAUUUAGUAUGGUUUAUUUUGAUUUUGCAUUUGUUAAAGCAACAUUGUUUAUGUGUAUUCAUAGAAAUUGUAUUAUGCAUAACCCAGUGAUAAACCAAAUUCAUGGGCAUAGCUUCCAUAUUGUGUAGUUUCAGAAGAAUGCCGCAUUUCAUUCAUCUUGUUUUCUUAUAGGCAUACAAAGCAUGUUACCAAUUUCUUACUGAAUUCUCUCUGCAGUAUUGUAGUUAAAAAAUUUAUGUGUUCCUUUAAGUUCCUGAGACAUAGAUAUAGAUCUUUUGCAUCACAUCAUGUAACUAAAUAAAGAGAUACCUGUAUUAAUGCUGGUAAUUUUAUCAUGUAUCGGAAUAUGGACAUUUUUAGGUAAGAUAUGUUCAAUUGAUUAGAAUUCUCAGGUACGAGGCAGUUCUAUAGUAUGCUCGGCUACUGAUUGUUUAUAUUGGCAGAUUGAUUAACGGCAAUAAAACAGGCAUGUAUUUUUUAUUCAACUGUAAACAGAAAAUAUAUGAAAUCAUUUUUACCAGUAAUAUUUGUGAUAUUUAAUUCAACACUGAUGUGAUUAAAUGCUAAAAAGUUGCAAAAGCAAA